AGGGAACUCUUCUCUACGCAUUUUCUCUCGCCCAUCUCUCUCUCUCUUUCUGCCUCCUCUCUCUCUCUCUUCGGUUUAACCUCUUUGUUGUUCCUCUUGAACUCGUUGGCUCUUUCCUUCUCAACGUUGGAGAAGAAAAUCCGAAGGAAUAACAGAGGGCGAAGCAGGGACCGAUUCGCUCUCUGGAAUAGUUGAUCGGAACAAUUGAACUGGGUUUUGCUUUUCUAGGUAGGUACUCGUUAGAUCUGCCCAGUGGUUUUCUGUUCCUCUGCCGAGGAAACCUUGGCGGUGCUUCGAGUGGUGAGAGAUGAAGCGAUUACGAGAUGAUGUUCACGCUAACUCGCAAUUUAAGCGGCCGUUUAGUUCUUCUCGUGGGGAAUCCUAUGGGCAGCCCCAGAUUCCCAGUGGAGGUGGAGGAAGUGGAGGCAGUGGAGGGGGAGGUACACAGAAACUAACUACCAAUGAUGCUUUAACCUAUCUCAAAGAAGUCAAGGACAUGUUUCAAGAUCAAAGAGAAAAAUAUGAUAUGUUUCUUGAUGUCAUGAAAGAUUUCAAGGCUCAAAGGAUCGACACAACUGGUGUCAUAACAAGGGUGAAGGAACUGUUCAAAGGGCACAACAAUCUAAUAUUUGGAUUUAACACCUUCUUGCCAAAAGGCUAUGAAAUUACCAUCACUGAUGAGGAAGAGGCCCAGCCAAAAAGAACCGUUGAGUUUGAAGAAGCUAUAAGUUUUGUAAACAAGAUAAAGAAGCGUUUCCAAAAUGAUGAUCAUGUAUAUAAGUCAUUUCUAGAAAUCUUGAAUAUGUAUAGGAAGGAGCACAAGGGGAUCACUGAGGUCUACCAUGAGGUUGCUGUACUUUUUGCAGAUCACCCUGAUUUGCUUGAGGAGUUCACUAGAUUUUUACCAGAUACUUCAGCCCCUCCAUCAGCACCGCAUGUUCCAUUUGGCCGACAUCCUUUUCAUCGCUAUGAUGAGCGCAGCUCUGCUAUGACUGCACCUCGGCAGGCACCAAUUGACAAGCAACGCCGGAGAGACAGGAUUAUGGCUCCCCAGACAGAUCGCGAUGUAAGUGUAGACCACAAUGACAUGGAUGAUGACAAAACGAUGAUCAAAAUGCAGAAGGAUCAGCGGAAGCGUGCAGAAAAGGAGAACAGGGAGAGAAGAAACCGUGAUCAGGAUUACAGAGAAUCUGAGCAUGAUAGCAAUAGAGAUUUCAACAAUCAACGUCUUAAUGACAAAAGAAAAUCUGCCCGGAAGGUUGAGGACUUUGGAGCAAAUCCAGUUGGAGCCUCUUAUGAAGAUAAAGAUACCUUAAGAAGCUUGUACAAGCAAGAGCUCACUUUCUGUGAGAAAGUAAAGGAGAGGCUGCACAGUUCUGAUGAUUACCAGGCCUUCUUGAAAUGUCUUCAUAUUUACAGCACAGAAAUAAUUUCAAGAAAGGAAUUACAAGGUUUGGUUGCUGAUUUACUUGGGAAAUAUCCUGAUCUUAUGGAGGGUUUCAAUGAAUUUCUGGAGCGUUGUGAGAAUAUUGAUGUAUUCCUUGCUGGAGUUAUGAAUAAAACAGAAUCUUUGUGGACUGAAGGGCAUGUAUCCAAAUCAGUGAAGGUAGAGGACAAGGACAAAGAGCAUAAGCGUGAACCUGAAGUGGCAAAAGAAAAGGAAAGGUAUAAGGAGAAGUACAUUGGAAAAUCUAUUCAAGAGCUUGACCUGUCCAAUUGCCAACGUUGUACGCCUAGCUACCGGCUACUGCCUGAGGAUUAUCCGAUUCCUAUAGCAAGUCAGAGAUCAGAACUUGGUGCUCAGGUCUUAAAUGACCAUUGGGUGUCUGUAACGUCUGGCAGUGAGGAUUACUCUUUCAAACACAUGCGCAGAAAUCAGUAUGAAGAAAGCCUAUUCAGAUGCGAGGAUGAUAGGUUUGAGCUAGACAUGUUGUUAGAGUCUGUGAGCUCAACUGCUAAGCGGGCAGAGGAAUUGUUGAACAGCCUUAAUGAUAAUACAAUCACACCAGAGAGUCCAUUCCAAAUUGAAGACCACCUUACAGCUCUCAAUGUAAGGUGCAUUGAGCGUCUAUAUGGUGAUCAUGGUUUGGAUGUGAUGGACAUAUUACGUAAGAACCCAUCUGUUGCAUUGCCUGUCAUACUAAUCCGCCUGAAACAGAAACAAGAGGAGUGGAGCAAAUGUCGUUCUGAUUUUAACAAGGUCUGGGCUGAAAUAUAUGCUAAGAACCACUACAAGUCUCUGGAUCAUCGCAGCUUCUAUUUCAAACAACAGGAUUCAAAGAACUUGAGCACAAAAUCUUUGGUGGCUGAGAUCAAAGAAAUAAAGGAGAAAAUGCAAAAAGUGGAUGAUGUAGUUCUCGCUAUAGCUGCUGGAAGCAGACAUCCCAUUAUUCCAAAUCUUGAAUUUGAAUACUCUGACGAUGAUAUUCAUGAAGACUUGUAUAAACUUAUUAAAUAUUCCUGUGAGGAAGUUUGCACAACGAAAGAACAACUGAAUAAAGUUAUGAGACUAUGGACAACUUUCUUGGAACCAGUGUUAGGUGUCGCUUCUCGGCCUCGCAGUUCAGAUGGUAAUGAAGAUGCUGGAAAGGGUAGAAAUCAUACUGGAAAAAGUAUUAAAGGAAGCAUAGGAGAAGAUGGUAUCCCAGGUUCUGAUGCUGCUAUCUCGAAUUCUAAGCAAUCAAAACCUUUUAAUAUUGGUGCUGAAAGCAGGUCACCAGAGUUGGCAAAUUCUUCCAAGACUAGUUUGCCAAAUGGAGAUACUUUGACCAAAGAUGGUGCUUUCCAAUCAGAGAAAGAGCAGAAGAUUAUGGAUACUAUGGAUAAAGUGUCUGGAAUUGAUAUAGCAAUGGCUUCUAGUGAAAGAUUAACAAGUUCCAAUGCAUCACUUGCUACUGGAGCAGAUAACACUAAUGCUAGAAUCAUUAUGGAAUUGACAUCAGGUGCAACUCCUGGAUCCAGUCCUACUGCUGUUGAAGAUAAUAAUAAUGCGAAGUCUAAUAUCAAUGAUGUACCUCAAUUAGAGGGUGCCAAUGGGGCAAGAUCAGUUCCACUGGCAAAUGGAGCAUUUGCAGAGGGUACUAAAGUUAACAGAUAUCACAAGGAGUCUGUUGAGGCCUCCAAAAUUGAGAAGGAAGAGGGCGAGUUAUCUCCUAAUGGUGAUUUUGAAGAGGAUAACUCUGUUGUAUACGGUGAUGGUGGCUCACAAGCUAUCCCUAAAACGAAGCAUUGUGCUGAAAGCAUGCAGUAUCAAGCUGGGAAUGGCGAAGAGAUAGGUUGUCAGGAUGCUGGAGGAGAAAAUGACCUGGAUGCUGAUGAUGAGGACAGUGAAAAUGUUUCUGAGGGUGAGGAUGUUUCAGGCAGCGAGUCUGCUGCUGAUGAAUGCUCUAGGGAGGACCAUGAGGAAGAUGAAGAUGGAGAACAAGAUGAGAUGGAUGGUAAAGUUGAGAGUGAAGGUGAGGCUGAGGGGAUGCCUGAUUCACACUUAGUUGGAGAUGGUAUAUCACCACCAGUGUCAGAAAACUUUCUCCGUACCGUGAAGCCUCUUGCAAAGUGUGUCACUUCAGCAUUACGUGAUAAUGAAAAGAACAGGAGAAAGGAUUCUCGGCUUUUUUACGGGAAUGACACUUUCUAUGUGCUUUUUAGGCUUCAUCAAGUACUUUACGAAAGAUUAUUAUCUGCAAAACAGAAUUCAACCGGUGGUGAAAUGAAAUGGAGAACAGCAAAGGAUGCUAAUCCCCCUGAUCUUUAUGGAAGAUUUAUGAGUGCCCUAUACAAUUUACUUGAUGGGUCAGCUGACAAUGCAAAGUUUGAAGAUGAUUGCCGGGCUAUUAUUGGAAACCAGUCUUACGUGCUAUUUACGUUGGACAAGUUGAUAUAUAAGCUGGUUAAACAGCUUCAAACUGUUGCUGCUGAUGAGACUGACAAUAAGCUUCUUCAGUUGUAUGAAUAUGAAAAAUCUCGGAUGCGAGAGAAUUAUGUUGAUUCAGUUUAUUAUGGCAAUGUACAUGUUGUCCUCCAUGAUGAGAACAUAUACCGAAUUGAAUGUUCAUCUGCCCCAUCUCAUUUGUCCAUUCAGCUGAUGGACGAUGGGAAUGACAAGGCUGAAGUAGUUGCAAUUUCUGUGGACCCUAACUUUGCAGCUUAUCUGCACAAUGAUUUUCUGCCAAUUGUAUCCAGCAAGAAGGAACCAUCUGGCAUCUUUCUGCGGAGAAAUAAGCGCAAAUAUGCAGGCCUUGAAUCAUCUGAUGUGUGCAAGGCCAUGGAAGGUGUUCGUUUGGUCAAUGGUUUGGAAUGCAAGAUGGCAUGCCUCUCAUCAAAGAUCUCCUAUGUAUUAGAUACAGAAGACUUCUUUUUCCGGGUGAAAAAGCAAAGAAGCUCAUCAGCUGGCAGACCUUCAUACCAUGGCAAGGAAAGAGUAGAACGCUUUCACAGAUUUUUGACAGACUCAUAACCGGAUGAUGGAAGCUGUAAAGCUUUGUCAUGGCGGCUUCGUUGUGGUGUUCACUGUGUUGGCCAAAUAAGGAAUGGAUGGCCAGCUCUUUAUGUGGGACGGAGGGCCUUUCACAUCUAUACUUAAAUUUGGGGCGUUGGUGUGUAAAUAGGUUAACCCCUGUUGUUGGUGUAGAGUUUAGUUGGUUGGUCAUUUGUUUUAUGCUGCUGCUGUCUUUCAUGUUUUCUUUUUGGUUGUGCCAUGAUCUAUAGUGGCACAACCUCCUCCCCAGAAUUAUGUAAGUUAUAGGUUCCGUUUGUUACAGUGUAAAAUGUUUUUUAUGUAAAAAUAUUUUACAUGGAAAACUAUUUUCAUGAAAA